GCGAUGGAGCCACAGAGAGGUCAGAGUGGGAGCACUGGUUCUGCUGGAGACCAGUCAGUGUGAGGAGCUUCAGACGACGACAUGGCGGAGGUCGGCUGUGAGAAGUCCUCCUCCUCCAGACAUCGGUCGUCCUCCAGCAGACCUGAGGACCAGCUCGCUGUCAUCGAGAAUGGAGACAGCAGGAAUCCGUCUCUUUGUGACGACGCCUCAGAGACGGCGUUGUCCUCAGAGGCCCACAGAGACUCCUUCACAGGAGCCGGGGCGAUGGCCAGGCUCUCUUACUUCUUCUUCAUGCUGUGGAACUGGGCGUCUCACAGAGCGAACCCCGUAACGGAGAGGCACGACUCUUUCCUCGAGCGCUUCAGAGGCCCCGAGCUCAAAGACGUCUCCAGUCGAGAGAGCAACGCCCAGUCUGUGGGCCUCAACGACACCACCCGCAAGAGGAAUCUUGGCAGUAAGUGGCCACUAGCUACUUACAACAUGAAUAACUGCAACAACACAGACGAUCGAAGAGUAGAAGACAAAAAGGAGGAGAUUAAAAAAGAGGAGAAAAAGGAGGAGGAGAAAAAGGACGAGAAGAAAGACGAGGACAAGAAGGAUGAGAAGAAAGAGGAAAAGAAAGACGAGAAGAAAGAUGAGAAGAAGGAUGAUAAAAAGGAUGAUAAGAAAGAUGAUAAAAAGAAAGAGGAGCCACCGAAGGAGAUCUGGAUUAUGGAUCCGGCCACAGACCAGUACUACAGAUGGCUGACCGUCAUCGCAGGACCAGUGUUUUAUAACCUCAUGAUGAUCGUAACACGAGCCUGUUUUAACGACCUCCAGGAAACGUAUACGCGCCUCUGGCUCUUCUUGGACUACACCACCGACAUCAUCUACUUCACAGACACGUUCGUCAGGUCGAGAACAGGUUACCUGGAACAAGGCCUGCUGGUAAAAGAUGCCACAAAACUGAGAAGUAAAUACAGAACAACAUCUCAGUUUAAAUACGACAUGAUUUCAAUGAUACCCACCGAUCUGCUGUUUCUGAAGUUCGGAUACAACAACCCGGAGUUCCGAUUCAACCGUCUUUGCAAAAUCUCGAGGCUUUUUGAGUUCUUUGAGCGGACUGAAACCAGAACCAGCUUCCCAAACAUGUUUCGUAUCAGUAAUCUCGUACUUUAUAUCCUCGUUAUUAUCCACUGGAAUGCUUGUAUGUUCUUUGCCAUUUCGAAAACCAUUGGUUUUGGAUCUGAUACAUGGGUUUACCCCAACAUCAGCCACCCGGAGCACGGACGCCUGGCCAGGAAGUACAUCUACUCCCUGUACUGGUCCACGCUGACCCUCACCACCAUCGGAGAGACCCCUGCACCAGUCAGGGAUGUUGAAUUCGUCUUCGUCAUUGCCGACUUCCUCACGGGUGUGCUGAUCUUUGCUAGUAUUGUCGGUAACGUCGGUGCCAUGAUCUCCAACAUGAACGCCUCUCGUGCCGAGUUCCAGGCCAAGAUCGACUCCAUCAAGCAGUACAUGCAGUUCCGAAAGGUCACCAAAGACCUGGAGGCCAGGGUCAUCAAGUGGUUCGACUACCUGUGGACCGAGAAGAAGACCUGUGACGAGAAGGAAGUGUUGAAGAACCUCCCAGACAAGCUCAAGGCCGAGAUCGCCAUCAACGUCCAUCUGGACACGCUGAAAAAGGUUCGUAUUUUCCAGGAUUGUGAAGCCGGUCUGCUGAUUGAGUUGGUGCUCAAGCUGCAGCCGCAGGUGUUCAGUCCUGGAGAUUACAUCUGUAAGAAGGGGGAUAUCGGCAGGGAGAUGUACAUCAUCAAGGAGGGGAAGCUGGCUGUGGUGGCCGACGACGGGGUCACUCAGUUCGUGGUGCUCAGUGACGGCGCAUACUUCGGGGAGAUCAGCAUCUUGGGUAUCAAAGGCAGUAAAGCGGGAAACAGGAGAACCGCCAACAUCCGGAGCGUGGGCUACUCCGAUCUCUUCGCUCUGUCCAAAGACGACCUGAUGGAGGCUCUCACGGAGUAUCCAGACGCCAAAAAGGCUCUGGAGGAGAAGGGCAAGGCCAUCCUGAUGAAGGACAACCUGAUUGACGAGGCGAUUGCCAACGCCGGCGCCGACCCCAAAGACCUGGAGGAGAAGAUCGUCAGGCUGCAGGGCAACCUGGACCUCAUGCAGACCAAGUUCGCCCAGCUGAUGGUGGAGUUCACCUCCAGCCAGGCGAGGAUGAAGCAGAGGGUCAGCGAGAUGGAGGCCAAAGUGAAAUCUGUAGGACCCGAGGAUCUCACAGAAGUGGUGGCCGACAAGGACAAAAAAGUCCAGUAAUGUGAGAGACACCUGAGGACUUUACAGGAAACGAGGGGGAUUUUUCAUAGUAGAGUGACACUUUCUAAAGGACCAUGUUUAUAUAUCUAUUUAUACAUCUGUUUAUCAUCAUUACAACGUGUCAAAUUGUGUACAGUGUAUGCAGCAAAUGCUUUUGUGUGUAUGCUUUGAAUCUAUUUCAUGUUUUCAUGAAACGACUUGUUGAUCAGAAGCACUUGUGUAUGCAAAGAAAAGAAGGCUUUUUAUAGCCUUAGAAUAAAGACGAAUGUUUUUGAUUUCCUGAUCAGUAUUCACGUUUCCCCCAGAAAACAUAUUGAUCUUUCUGUCGAGUAUAAUUCAUCCACAAUAAUGCAGCUGCUAUAUCUAUUUGAAACCGUCUGUGAAUGUAAAAAAUAAAACCCAAAUGCAGUUCUGUUUAUGUUAUUAUAAGCAUACACUAUCAGAUGUAAAUUGCAACGUUAUAUGUAAAUAAACAUUAAAA